GAUGGCGGUGGAAUGUUUCGUCGCAUUAUGUCGUGACCAGUCGUGACUGAAAUUACGAAUUUCUAGAUGUAAUAAGGCUAAAUCAGGCCUUCUGUGGAACAGACGUUUUUACAAAAUUGACAGAUUAAGCAUUUGGAACCAUGGCUGAUAAAAGGCAACAGAAUUUAUCGAAGGAGGAAAUAGCCAAACAGUUUAUGUUACCAGAGAGGAAAAGUAAGAUUGCUACUUUAUUGAAACAAGAUGGACAAGCUUACUGUAUCUGCAGAAGCUCUGAUAGUUCACGCUUCAUGAUUGGUUGUGAUGCGUGCGAAGAAUGGUACCAUGGUGACUGUAUAAAUAUCACUGAGAAGGAUGCUAAGCACAUAAAACAAUUCUUUUGUAUUCGCUGUAGAGAAGAGGAUCCAACUCUAGUAACCCGUUACAAGCCACGAAGAACUGAACAAGAAGAUCGUAAAUAUAAAAAACACAAAGAAAAGGAACGAGCUCUUAGGUACGAGUACGAUGGACCCUGGGAUGAUCCAAACGUAGUAAAAAAAUCGUCGAAACGUUGCGGAGAAUGCACGGGUUGCUUGAGAACUGAAAACUGUGGAAAAUGCGACGCAUGCAGACACUUGAAAAAGUUCGGGCCUUCGGUACGAUUAAAGCUUAGGUGUAUACAAAGAACUUGUCGCGUGCUAGGCGAUCCCCUGAAGCCCUCGAAAAGCUUCAACAAGAGUUCGAAGUUCAUCAAGAAACGGAAGAGGGAUUCCAGUAACGAGAGGAACGAACAUCUGGAGGUGCCCAGACACUGUUACGGGCCAGCUUGCACGAAGCAAUCGCGACCUGGUAGCAAGUAUUGCUCCGAUGACUGCGGAUUAAAGUUAGCGACAAAUCGAAUUUAUCAAGUGUUACCGCAACGGAUACAGGAAUGGUCGUUGACCCCGUGCAUCGCGGAGCAAAAUAACAGAAGAGCGUUGGAGUCUGUCAGGAAGCAACAACACGACGUUCGAAGAAUACUUCAGGAACUUGAUAAAAGACACGCGGAGUUGGACAGGAUUGUGGAACGGGCGAAACACGCAACUAUCGACCCACACGCAGAAGUGGACGACAACGAUGACACGGAGAUGAGCAUGUACUGUAUCACUUGUGGUCACGAGAUUCAUUCUAGGACCGCUAUCAAGCACAUGGAGAAAUGUUUCAACAAGUACGAGUCCCAAGCGUCGUUCGGUUCGAUCUUCAAAACCCGCAUCGAGGGACAGGUGAUGUUCUGUGAUUUCUACAACCCUGUGAAUCGGACUUACUGCAAGAGACUGCGAGUUCUGUGCCCGGAACAUUGCAAGGACCCGAAGAUCAGCGAAACCGAGGUCUGUGGCUGUCCCUUGGUUACGAAUGUGUUUGACAGUACCGGUGAGUUUUGUCGCGUACCGAAAAAAAGCUGCGUGAAGCAUUACGUCUGGGAGAAGCUGAGACGAGCAGAGAUCGAUAUGGAGAGGGUGAGACAGUGGUUGAAGAUAGACGAAUUGGUGGAACAAGAAAGGCAGAUUCGUUCGAAUAUGGCUACACGUGCCGGUGUUUUGGCUUUGAUGCUGCACUCCACGUAUAAUCACGAGUUAAUGGAACAGAUGACCCAAGAACAGAACAGGGAACAAUUAGAAGCAAUGGAGGAGGAACUUCAACGUAGGUACGGCAUGCUACAAAAAGAACAGUCUGUGGAACAAUGAUCGGCUCUGCUGAGACAGAGACACUUGUAUUCAAGGGUACUUGGAAACUUUUUAACAUACUCCGUGACGUGUUCAGUGUAUUGAUGAUAUUGUACAGUGUAACAGUAACAGUAACCAUGAACUGUUCCUGGAUCUCAGUGAAUUUUGUAUAAUAGCCAACUGUCUCGAUGAAUUGUAGAAAUGAAAUCAAAUUAGUGUAGACAAGAGGAUGACCUGAUUUCUAUACUUGGUGGGGAAAGUUUAAAUGAAGUUUAUGAAUGGAGUAUAUACUGAUAGAUUAACGAGGAAAGAAGACUGGUGAAAAUGGUAUCGAUUAAAAAAGACUCGUUUCACGAAAAAUAGCUACGUUACUUUGAUUUCGACAGUGACUUGAGAUCGUAAGGGCACUCGAUGAUGUCCAGAAAUCUAGCGUGCAGCAAGAAUCGUCCCAGCCCGACUCUGUAUAAUUGUGUAUUUCUCUUUAU